UAAAAUUUGCAUCAGAAAGUUAAUGACUAUUUAGAACUAUUGAGGGAAAAAUUAGGUACUUGAUCACAUCAUUGGUUAUCUGUGAUAGUAAGAAGAAAUUAAUGACAGGAUCCCUGGUAAUGGAUGACAAAGAACAAAGGUUAGAUUCAAUCGCAAGGUAAAAUUGCUUAGUGACUAAUGUUUAAGUUUAUAUCUAUACACUCAGAGCUAUCAGAAGGAUCAUUAUUGAAAUAUCUGCAGGAAAUAAUUGCUCACCUGUAACUCAUUUGCCAUUUAACUCAUUUUUCCCAUGGAAACCAUUAUGAUUUUGGAUUAAGUAAGGUUUUUUAGGAAUGUAGUCAUCAUAUUAUAACUGCCUGUAUACAGGAGGUAAUAUGAAAUGAAUCAACCAUUUUCUUAUGUUUUCCUUUGUAGGGAAAAUGGAAGAGCUGAGUCAAGCCCUGGCUACUAGCUUUUCUGUGUCUCAAGAUCUGAAUAGCACAGCUGCCCCACACCCCCGCCUGUCCCAGUACAAGUCCAAGUACAGUUCUUUGGAGCAGAGUGAGCGACGCCAGCAGUUACUGGAACGGCAGAAAUUCAAGCGGCUGGAUUAUGUGAAUCAUGCCAGAAGACUGGCUGAAGAUGACUGGACAGGGAUGGAGAGUGAGGAAGAAGAAGAUAAGAAAGAUGAAGAAAUGGACAUUGACACUGGCAAGAAGUUACCAAAGCGCUAUGCUAAUCAAUUGAUGCUUUCUGAGUGGUUAAUUGACGUCCCUUCAGAUUUGGGGCAGGAAUGGAUUGUGGUCGUGUGCCCUGUUGGAAAAAGAGCACUUAUUGUGGCCUCUAGGGGUUCUACCAGUGCCUACACCAAGAGUGGUUACUGUGUCAACAGGUUUUCCUCGCUUCUGCCAGGGGGCAAUAGGCAAAACUCAACAACAGCAAAAGACUACACCAUUUUGGACUGCAUUUACAGUGAGGCAAAGCAGACCUACUACAUUCUGGAUGUGAUGUGCUGGCGGGGACACCCUUUUUAUGACUGUCAGACUGAUUUCCGAUUCUACUGGAUGCAUUCAAAGUUACCAGAGGAAGAAGGACUGGGAGAGAACACCAAGCUCAAUCCCUUUAAAUUUGUGGGGCUAAAGAAUUUUCCUUGUACCCCAGAGAGCCUGUGUAAGGUGCUAUCUAUGGAUUUCCCUUUUGAGGUGGAUGGACUUCUCUUCUACCACAGGCAGACCCACUACAGCCCUGGAAGCACUCCUCUGGUGGGCUGGCUGCGCCCAUACAUGGUGUCAGAUAUUCUUGGUGUGGCUGUGCCAGCUGGGGGCCCGCUGACCACCAAGCCAGAGUAUGCUGGGCACCAGCUCCAGCAGAUUAUUGAGCACAAGAGGAGCCAGAAGGAGGGCAUGAAAGAGAAACUCAAACACAAGGCCUUUGACAACGGGCACUAUGAGCUGGAGCACCUGUCUACCCCUAAGCUGAAAAGCAAUCCCUACAGCCCGGACCAGCCUGGAAGCCUCAUGGAAAACUAAAGAAGGCAGCCUCCUUUGGUAGUCACAGGAAGGGACUUGGUCCCAGAAUGAAGGUUGGGGAGGAAAACAGUGACAACAGGUGACUUCAUUUUAGAGUGGACUUUCCAAAGCCACUCUAGCUGGAAACAGCUUAACUCCUAUAAAAAGUGUAUCCUGGAUCCACAAUGUAAAUAUAUGUGAUUCUUAAAAAAAAAAACUUGUGAUUCUUUUUUCUUUCUUUUUU